GCUGUGGAAUUUGUUUAUCCUUACAACAUGUCCAAACAAUAUAGUACACAACGUGAUAUAGAGAAGAACAAAAGUAUUCCGAAACAAAAGGAAAAACCAAACUGCAACAUUUUAUCGAAACACUUCAAGAAAAUUUACCCAAUUGGAAUACAUAGAUCUUGUUCUUCACCUCUUUCUUUAUCUUCUUUGUCAUUAUCUUUGUCACAGAACUCAAUUGAUUCUUCCUUUACAGCAGAUUCUUCCACUCCACUUGAUCAGAAAAUCUUAUCAGCACUACGUUUGAUAGCGCCACCUGAACGAAGAGAGGUCCCUGCGACUAAAAUUAUCCGUCAACCUAGUGCAAGUCCUAUUGAGGAAGGAGGCAUAAGGAGGUGCAACUGGAUCACGAGCAACAGUGAAAAAGUUUAUGUACAAUUCCACGACGAAUGCUGGGGAGUUCCAGUUUAUGAUGACAAUCAAUUGUUUGAGCUGCUUGCAUUGUCUGGGAUGCUUAUGGAUUUUAACUGGACUGAAAUCUUAAAAAGGAGGGAACUUCUGAGAGAAUCUUUUGCUGGUUUUGAUCCCAACAACGUGUCUAAAAUGGGAGAAAAGGAGAUUCUUGAAAUAGCCUCCAAUAAAGAGCUAACUUUAGCAGAAAGCAGAGUUAGGUGCAUAGUAGACAAUGCAAAAUGCGUAACAAAGAUUGUUAGGGAAUUUGGGUCUUUCAGCAGUUUCAUGUGGGAUUACGUGAGUUAUAAACCAAUGAUCAACAGAUUCAGAUAUCCUAGAAAUGUACCUCUGAGGAGUCCAAAAGCUGAGGCCAUGAGCAAGGACUUAUUGAAACAUGGGUUCCGGUUAGUGGGGCCCGUUAUCGUGUAUUCAUUCAUGCAAGCAUGUGGGAUGACAAUUGAUCAUCUUGUUGAUUGUUUCAGAUAUAGAGAGUGUGUAAAUCUUGCAGAAAGGCCUUGGAGACAUGUCUGAUAUAUGUUGUUUCUCAUGCAGUUCAGGUAGAAUGGCUUCAGAACGAUUUUUUCCCUUUUUCUUGCGAGUUUCUUUUUUUUUUUUUUUUGGGUCAUAAUUUAAAAUAUAAAUUGUGUAACUUUAUGACUGAUUUGGAAAAGAAAAUGUUGCUACCUAUGUUAAUCACUAUUGCAAUGAUUUUUCUUUGAGGAGCUAUUUAUCAUAGAUUGUGUAAAUAUUUCAGUAGUUAUCUAGAUAAUAUUCUAGCUAAGAUUUUUCUAUAAAAAUUAAGUUAAUUUCUUUCUUCUCA